AUGUGGACCUCUUCGAGACCUCGAGCGGGGAUCAGGGUGGACGGAGAACCGAGAGAACUCGUCGAUGAUUUCUGUUACCUGGGCUGUACGCUGAAGAACAACGGCAACGAGAAAGAUAUUCAGCAAAGUUGCGCUAAGACAACUUCUGCAUUUAACUCCUUAACGAAAUAUCUGUGGUCGACCCCCAUCACUAACGAAGUCAAGGUGCGGGUCUACCUGUCCGCCAUUCGCUUCAUCAUGAUGUACGGAUCGGAGACUUGGGCAGCACCAUCUAAGGUGAUGGAGAGGAUUGAUUGCACGGAACGAAAGUUGCUUAGGCGGCUACUUGGCUACUUUUGA